UCCACCGCUUCACACUUCCUCUGACACUGCCACUGUCGCCUCGCCCCUCCCCUCGAGAACCUACCCGCCCGCGCGCCCUCGGCUCUCCGCCCCCGUCCCUCCAUAUAGUUCGAAAUCGAAACCACCGCGGGAGCGCAACACCGGAGUCCCCCCAGAUGGCCGAGGACAAGGAGACCGACUCGCCGCAGCCGCCGGCCAAGCUACCCCGUCUCUCCUGCGCCGACACGAGCGCCGGGGAGGUGACCAUGGCGGCCUCGUCGCCGCUGGUCCUCGGGCUGGGGCUGGGACUCGGCGCGGGCGGCGGCGGCGGUGGCGAGCGUGACGGCGAGGCGUCCGCGGCGACGGCGGCGCCCAAGAGGGCGUCGGCGCUGACGUUCAUGCAGCAGCAGGAGCUGGAGCACCAGGUGCUCAUCUACCGCUACUUCGCCGCGGGCGCGCCCGUGCCGGUGCACCUCGUGCUCCCCAUCUGGAAGAGCGUCGCCGCCUCCUCCUUCGGCCCGCAGCGCUUUCCCUCCCUGGUGGGCCUGGGGAGCCUGUGCUUCGACUACCGCAGCAGCAUGGAGCCGGAGCCCGGGCGGUGCCGGCGCACGGACGGCAAGAAGUGGCGGUGCUCCCGCGACGUGGUGCCGGGCCACAAGUACUGCGAGAGGCACGUCCACCGCGGCCGCGGCCGUUCAAGAAAGCCUGUGGAAGCCGCCUCCGCAGCUGCCCCGCCGCCGACCGCGGCGGCCGCCGCCGUCAGCAGCAGCCGCGGUGGCGCCCCCGUCGCCCACCACGGCGGCGCGGCCCCGCACGGGCUCGGCUUCUCCCCCACCAGCGUCCUCCUCGCCCACAGCGCCGCGCGUGCCACAUGAGAGCGCACGCCGUCGGCGCCACCGUCAGUCAGUCCGUCACGCUGUGCGGCUUGGGGCCUUGGGCCACACCCGGAUGACGAGGGAAAACGGAAUCCGCAGGGAUUGCUAUGUCGUGUGUGCUGCAAUUUUUUUUCGUUUUCUCUCGCAACUUUCCAAACCAGUUUGCGCCGUUCGAUGGCAUGCAUCGCGGCGUUUGCUUCUCUUGUUACGUGUGCUGUUACGCCU